UGUAAGUGUAUGUAUACAUGGAAAAGUUUGACAUUUCUGUCGCAGUGGAUCUGAGAUAGCUCCACUUUCUAAUCUAAAUCCAAGUUCAUAUUGCCGUAGUUUGACCUGCCAAAAUCUGUAACUCGCUUCCUUUUCUCUGUAAUUGCCGUGGGAAGAGAGCAUAGGCGGUAGCCAUGGACGCUUUGAGGAGACAAGCCAGCAAGUUCAAAGAGCAAGUAGCCAAACAACAGCAGGCUGUGAUAAAGCAGUUCAGCACCAGCGGUUAUGAGAGUUCAGAUGUCAUGGUCAUUGAUGAGGUCGAAAUGCAGAGACAUCAACAACUAGAGAAAUUGUACAGGUCCACCCGUGCAGGAAAGGAUUUUCAAAGGGAAAUUGUCAAAGCAGCAGAGACAUUUACGGCAAUGGGUUAUAAGUAUAUUGAAGCAGGAACAAAGCUUUCUGAGGAUUGCUGUAGAUAUGGAGCAGAAAACAACAGCGACAACAUAUUGGCUAAGGCUGCAUCAGUAUAUGGCGAUGCUCGCAAACAUGUUGAAAAGGAGCAAGAAGAAUAUAAUCGGCUUUUGUCUUCACAGGUCUUGGACCCCUUAAGAUCAAUGAUCCAUGGUGCACCUUUGGAGGAUGCUCGCCAUCUUGGUCAGCGAUAUAGUCGCAUGAGACAAGAAGCAGAGGCACAGAGGGAGGAGACAUCAAGAAGACAGGCACGAGUAAGAGAGGCUCCAACUGCUGAAAAUGUUGCAAAACUGCAUGCUUCAGAAGCAAAGAUGCAGGAGCUAAAAGCAAACAUGGCUGUUCUGGGUAAAGAAGCUACUGCUGCCUUAGCUGCUGUGGAGGCACAACAGCAAAGACUGACGUUCCAGAGGCUUGUUGCUAUGGUUGAAGGGGAAAAAACUUAUCAUGCAAGAGUUGCAGCCAUACUUGGUGAAAUUGAAGCCGAGAUGGUUUCAGAGAGACAGAGGAAAGAAUCUGCCCCUCCAGUUGUUUCUGAGAAUGGCUCCACAAAAACUAUGUAUUUCUUGGCCGAAGUAAUGCAUCCCUUUAAUGCUUCAGCGGAGAAGGAGCUGAGCUUGGCAAAGGGUGACUUUGUUGUUGUGCGAAAGGUGACGGCAACAGGGUGGUCAGAAGGAGAAUGCAAUGGCAGGGCAGGGUGGUUCCCUUCAGCAUAUGUUGAGAAACGGCAGAGAAUUCCCUCCAACAACUUGCCUGGUGAAGUUUAUUAGGUCCUCUGUUGUGUCCUCAUGUCUUCUAUUACUCAUCCCUUUGAGACUUGUAUUAUUGAUUAAAGACGAACAAAUAGGGUGGGGAUCGUAGAGGAAACUGGAGCUUAGAUUCAAGUGUUAUUCUUUCUUUCAGUGUCAGUAGUUUGUAUGAGGUCUCAAGCUCAGACUUUCACUGUGUCUUGUGUUAAAGCUUGCGUUUUGUAAACAUCCCUCUGGGCAUUAGAGCCGGCUUCUUCUUAAUUGGUUUUUUUUUUUUUUAGGUAAUUGAUUUCAAUACAUGUGUAUUUAUUGAUGCUCGUCUCAAACAGCAAACUGAGUUUUUAGGUUUUUGAUAUCAGGAUUAUUACUUGAGUGGAGAGAAUCUAGUUACUAUAUGCAGAAAGAUGUAGAGAUUUGUUAUAGAUUUAUUUAAUGAGGAGGUCUAUCAAAA